CAGUCUGGGCCGGCGCCGGCUGGAAGGGCAGCGGCGGAGAAACAGUUAAUGGACAACUGACUUAAGUAAUCUGUUAUCAUCAUGGCUAAUGAAGGGUAUCCCAAGGCUGGUGAUAGUCCAUUUUCAUCAGAUAAACAUGCCCAGGCCAUCUUGGCCCAGAUGAAUAAAAUGAGAAAUGAACAGCAUUUCUGUGAUGUGCAGUUGCAAGUUGGGAAGGAAACUUUUCAAGUUCAUCGUUUGGUUUUGGCUGCCAGUAGUCCAUACUUUACAGCUUUGUUCACUGGAGGAAUGAAAGAGUCCUCAAAAGAUGUUGUACAGAUUCUAGGAGUUGACGGUGGAGUCUUUCGGUUACUUCUAGAUUUCAUUUAUACAGGUAUAGUGAACAUAUCUGUGAAUAAUGUUCAGGAGCUGAUUGUUGCAGCAGACAUGCUACAGUUGACUGAUGUUGUUAACCUUUGCUGUGAAUUUCUGAAAGGACAAAUUGAUCCACUGAACUGCAUUGGGAUCUUUCAGUUUUCUGAGCAAAUUGCCUGCCAUGAUCUUUUGGAAUUCACAGAAGACUAUAUUCAUGUCCAUUUCUUGGAGGUUCAUAGCGGUGAAGAGUUCCUGGCACUUACAAAAGAUCAACUAAUCAAAAUUUUACGAAGUGAAGAGCUUAGCAUUGAGGAUGAAUACCAGGUCUUCUUAGCAGCAAUGCAGUGGAUUCUGAAAGAUCUAGGAAAGAGAAGAAAAUAUGUGGUAGAAGUACUAGACCCAAUUCGAUUCCCUUUAUUGCCUUCCCAGAGGCUUUUAAAAUAUAUAGAAGGAGUAUCUGAUUUUAAUCUUCGUGUUGCAUUACAAACACUUUUGAAAGAGUACUGUGAAGUGUGCAAAUCUCCCAAAGAGAACAAGUUUUGUAGUUUUCUGCAGACAUCUAAGGUUCGACCACGGAAGAAAGCAAGAAAAUACCUGUAUGCAGUAGGUGGAUAUACACGGUUGCAGGGUGGUCGUUGGAGUGAUAGUAGAGCCCUGAGCUGUGUAGAACGUUUUGACACCUUUAGCCAGUACUGGACCACAGUAUCUUCCCUUCAUCAGGCUCGAUGUGGCCUGGGAGUAGCAGUUCUGGGAGGAAUGGUCUACGCUAUUGGAGGUGAAAAGGACUCCAUGAUUUUUGACUGUACUGAAUGCUAUGAUCCAGUAACUAAACAGUGGACAACUGUUGCUUCAAUGAAUCACCCCCGCUGUGGCUUGGGAGUAUGUGUGUGUUAUGGUGCUGUCUAUGCUUUGGGUGGAUGGGUUGGAGCUGAGAUAGGAAAUACCAUUGAACGAUUUGAUCCUGAUGAUAAUAAGUGGGAAAUAGUUGGUAACAUGGCUGUGUCACGCUAUUACUUUGGGUGCUGUGAAAUGCAAGGAUUAAUUUAUGUAAUUGGAGGAAUCAGCAAUGAGGGAAUAGAACUUCGUUCUUUUGAAGUUUAUGAUCCACUUUCUAAGCGUUGGUCUCCACUUCCUCCAAUGGGUACCAGGAGAGCAUAUCUUGGGGUGGCUGCACUCAAUGAUUGCAUCUAUUCUAUUGGAGGAUGGAAUGAGGCACAAGAUGCUCUUCAUACUGUAGAAAAAUAUUCCUUUGAAGAGGAAAAGUGGGUUGAAGUUGCAUCAAUGAAAGUGCCUAGGGCAGGGAUGUGUGUUGUGGCAGUUAAUGGUCUACUGUAUGUUUCAGGAGGUCGAUCUUCCAGCCAUGACUUCUUGGCCCCGGGUACCUUGGACUCAGUUGAAGUUUAUAACCCUCACACAGAUACAUGGACAGAAAUUGGUAACAUGAUUACAAGUCGUUGUGAAGGAGGUAUUGCUGUAUUAUAAAAUAUAAAGUAGGGGUGAAGAGAUGGCUUUGAGGUUAAGGCACUUGCCUAUGAAGCCAAAGGACCCAGGUUCAAUCCUACAGGACACAGGAUCCACAUAAAGCCAGAUACACAAAGUGGCACCUUCAUCAAGUAUCUGUUUUCAGAGCCUGGAGGCCCUAAAAUUAAAAUAUGUGUGUGUGGGGGGGGGGGCAUCAGAGCAGAAGGAACAUUUUGAAAAUGUAGGACAUAGGCCAGGUGUGGUGGUACAUACCUUUAAUAUCAUCACUUGAGAGACCAAGAUAGGAGGAUGACUGUGAGUUCAGGCCAAACUGACACUACACAGUGAAUUCCAGGUCAGCCUGGGCUAGAGUGAGCCUUUACCUUGAAAUACCAAAGUAAAUAAAUACAUAAAACAUAAAUUGGGUGUGUUGGCACAGGCCUUUAUUCUUGGUGCCAGGAUACUUUGGUAGGAGGAGUCUAGUCAAUUCAAAGCUAGCCUGAGGUUACAGAGUGAGUUCCUGGUAGGCCUGGGCUAAAGUGAAACUUACCUUG